UACUUUGCUCAGCAGGGAGGGGCUUGUGGUUUCCUUAGAAAGUGUGGACUUAAUAAUUGUUAGCGCGAAGGCCACGUUCCUUUUAACUCUAUAACAAUUGCAAAUACAAUGUAAUUACAAUAACCAAGAACGUUCUUGAAUAAACCAACAAAAUAGAGGGCGGUGUAAAAGGCGGUUCACAUCAAAGCGGAACAAGAAAGGCGCUCGCUCGGCUAUCAAAAGGCUCAUUUUAGACACAUUACACAACCAUCCCAUCCCCCAGCAACCAUGUCCAUGGCCCUAAAACAAGUCUUCAACAAGGACAGAACAUUCCGGCCCAAGCGCAAGUUUGAGCCCGGAACGCAGCGCUUUGAGUUGCACAAGAAAGCACAGGCGUCCCUAAACGCCGGCCUGGACCUGAAGCAGGCGGUGCAGCUGCCACACGGCGAAGACCUCAAUGACUGGGUGGCUGUUCACGUGGUGGACUUCUUUAACCGCAUCAACCUCAUCUACGGCACCAUCAGUGACUCCUGCACAGACCAGACCUGCCCCGUUAUGUCUGGCGGGCCGAAGUACGAGUACCGCUGGCAGGAUGAGCAAAAGUACAAGAAGCCCACCGCUCUCUCAGCACCCAAAUACAUGAGCCUGCUAAUGGACUGGAUUGAGGUCCAGAUCAACAAUGAGCAUAUCUUCCCCACUAAUGUUGGUACGCCAUUCCCUAAGACCUUCAUGCAGGUAGCUAAGAAGAUCUUGUCUCGUUUGUUCCGUGUCUUCGUCCACGUCUACAUCCACCACUUUGACCGCGUGAGCCAGAUGGGAGCAGAGGCCCACGUGAACACCUGUUACAAACAUUUUUAUUACUUUGUUACUGAAUUCAGCCUCACGGACCACAAAGAGCUCGAACCGCUGGUAAGCCUAAGUCUAAAACGUAGCAAUAGACAAAAAUGAUUAUAUGUGCAUGUUCGUGUUCGACAUAAAUCAUAGUGGUUUCCCGUAACCUAAUGAGAAAAGAAAGCUAGAAACAAAGAGUGACCGAUAAAGAAACAAGUGCGUGAUUAGUAGCUAACAAGCCCAUUUUAUAAUGGCUUUGCUAAUUGGUAGGGCCACACUAGGAUGGUAUGAGUCAGCGGUUUUGAUAUUUCAGCCUCUAUCGUUUUCUCACAGGCAGUUAAUGAGGGUCUGUGCGCCUAAUGCAGAAAAACCCUUCGUCUAUAGACGUAGCAGUUCAUUAUCUUAGUAGUCACAGUUGAGUUGGUGCCGUGGGAUCAGGUGUCACCCGCAGGUCCUGUUACUGACAUCAGGAGCUCGUGCCUGUUUGCAUAGCGUCUUUCCAUCUGUAAAGUAUAUAUAAACACAGCGAAUUAUAUCAUCUUUGUGUGUUUCAUAUUCUAAAACAGUGUUUCAUUCCAUAAGCGAAUAAGAAAUGGUUGUAAUUUAAGAGCAGGUUGCUUUUUGUUUGAAACAAAGCUUGUGGUAGCUGACUGAACGUACGUGA